AUGUCUUUCCCGCAGACGAUUCAAGCGAUCGCCAUCGACAAGAAUGGUGAGAUCGACGUGCUAGAGAAGAAGACGGUGCCGUUCCCUGAGCUUGUGCCGGGGAAUGUCCUCGUGAAGGUGCACUAUGGAGGUGUCAAUUUCAUCGACACUUAUUUUCGUAAGGGCCUGUAUCCGGCGCCCAAGUUCCCACUAGUAUUGGGUAUGGAGGCAUCUGGCACCGUAGCUGCGUUGCCCUCAGACGAGAAAGUACUAAAUGACGAGCAAUAUAAAAAACGCGGGUUCAAAGUUGGCGACAAAGUCGCAGUGCUACAAAUUAACUCGCAUGCCGAAUACGUCUCGGUCCCUUGGUUUAAAGUAUACCCAGUUCCGGAUUCGGUGUCGUUUUUGACAGCAGGUGCUGCCCUCCUGCAAGGCUUGACCGCUUUGACGUUCGCGACGGAGGCAUAUAACAUUAAGAAGGGCGACUAUGUCUUCGUGCACACCGUAGCCGGAGGGCUUGGCCUUAUCUUCACACAGAUCGCCAAGGACCGCGGCGCGAUUGUUAUCGGGACAACGUCCACCCCGGAGAAGGCUGGGGUUGCCAAGCAGUACGGCGCGGACCACGUUAUUCUGUACCCAGUGGAGAACGUAGUCGAGCGAACGCUGCAGAUCACCAAUGGCGAGGGUGUGCACGUUGUCUACGAUGGUGUCGGCAAGGACACGUUCGAGGAUGACUUCAAAUUGUUGAGACGCAAAGGAACCUUGGUGGCCGUAGGCAACGCGUCUGGUGCCGUCCCGCCAUUCCCGCCUCUCAAGCUUGUGGAGAAGAACCUCUCCAUACUCCGGCCAUCCGUCGUCAACUAUGUGGUGACGCCUGAAGAGACCCUGCACUAUGGCACUGAGCUCUUCAAGCUGAUCACCAGCGGCGCGGUGAAGAUCAAGGUGUUCAAGGAGUACUCGUUCUCCACCGAAGGCGCACGCGAGGCGCACUCCGAUCUCGCGACAAAGAGCGGGAAGACGGUCGGAAAGCUAGUGAUCAAGAUUGCAGAGUAA